AUGACCGUCUACUCCUUCUAUAUCUUCGACCGCCACGCCGAAUGUAUCUACAAGCGUCGCUGGCUGGCACGCCCAGCAUUGACCAGCACUAAACCUGCCCGUCCUGCCUCGGAUACGCCGAAUUCAAGCACUGCCGUCGCCGCUGGUCCUGGGGUGCCGUCUCGAAAUACUGACGACGACGAUGCGAAGCUGGUCUUUGGAACCGUCUUCUCGCUGCGGAAUAUGGUGCGCAAUUUUAUAUCCUACCGUACUACGCAGUACAAGCUACAUUUCUACGAAUCACCAACCAACAUCAAAUUUGUCAUGCUCACAGACAACAAGGCACCAAGCAUGCGGAUAGCUUUGCAGCAGAUAUAUGUCAAUCUUUUCGUGGAAUAUGUUGUCAAAAAUCCUUUGUCUCCGGUGGAACAUCCCAAUGGACUCGGUGUCAACAAUGAGCUUUUUGAAGAGUCACUGGAGCAGUUUGUGGUAGGUCUAGGUCUCUAG